UUGGGCAGUGUUCAAGAAACACGCUUUACUUUUGGCUAAACGUGAAACCGAUAGUGGAAGUGUAAUUUCUGAAAUUACUUACAAUGAACGAAUUCGAAAGUGAAACACCAUCCGACCUGCCUUCAACAUGGAAAUUCUGGCAAAAAAGGCGCUAUGUUGUUGUGCUGAUGGCAAUUAUUGGAUUUAGCAAGUUAAGUGAGUUAAAUGUAGACAUUGUUGCGAUGACAGAAAAUCGAAUUGUGCAUUACGAUAAUGGCACUGUAGUUCACGAGCGAUACUUCGACUGGAGCUCAAAAGAACAGGAACUUAUUGUGAGUUCGUUCUUUUACGGAUACAUUUUGACUUCAUUAUUGGGUGGCUAUUUGGGUGCAAAGCUUGGUGGCAGUUUGGUAUUUGGUUUGGGUAUAUUCGCAGCAUCCGUUCUUACAUUGUUAGCACCAAUUGCAGCCCAUGCAGGCUUGUACACUCUCGUUGCCGUUCGUUUGAUGCAAGGAAUGUGCCAAGGCGUUGCACUUCCAUCCAUUCAAGAUGUUUGGUCACGGUGGAGUCCACCGCAAGAACGAUCUCGAAUAUCCACAAUGUCAUAUGCCGGAACGUACGUUGGUACUGUGAUAGCGGUGUCGUUCAGCAGAAUAAUGGCAUCCAAUUUUGUUUGGGAAAGUACCUUCUACGUUUUGGGUGGCAUUGCCUGUGUAUGGUGUAUUUGCUGGUUGAUCAUUGUAAAACGAGAUCCCGAGCAAGACCGUCGCAUAUCGAAAGAAGAACUGAAAUACAUACAGAGCUCGUUGGGGUUAUUGCAACGAAGUGGAAGCUCCACGAUUCCAUGGAAAGACAUAUUCACGUCGAAAAUCGUUUUGGCAAUAUGUGUGGCACAGACAGCCGCAAUGUGGGGCACGCAUACCGUAAUAACAGUGCUGCCAACAUUUUUGAGAGACGUCUUCAUGUUUGAUCUGGGCAAAGCGGGUCUCGUAGCUGCUGCACCGCACUUGACCAUGGGCAUUUUAUUACUGGUCUCCGGUCACUGCGCAGACCACUUCCAAAUCAAAGGAUAUUUGACGACCACUCAAGUGCGACGUUACUUCAAUUGUUUAGGUUUCAUUUUGCAAGCGAUAUUUCUCCUACUGGCAGCAUUUUCGCAACAAUCAUUCUGGAGUGUUAUUUACAUCACUUUAUCGGUAGGGUUUGGUGGGAUGGCCUUCUGUGGAUUUUAUGUAAAUGUCUUGGAUAUCGCUCCAAACUACGCGAGUGUAAUAUUUGGGAUAACAAACACACUGGGCACACUUCCCAGAAUUGUGAGUCCAAUAUUAACCGAGUAUUUGGUGAAAAGCAAAACAGCCGCAGAAUGGAGGCUGGUUUUUUAUGUAGCUGCCGGAAUUUAUGGAAUUGGAACGUUGGUCUAUUGGUUUUGGUGUUCUGGUGAAUUACAACCGUGGGCUAAGAACAGUACAGUCAACAGCACAGGUGUAUCGAAGGACAAUUAAGUUCCAAGCAAAACAUUUUGAUCGAUGCCGAACGUUAUUUCAAGCCGUUUUUUCAUUAAACCAUGCAGCGAAACUUUGAAUAAUUAAUUUUUUUAGUAAAGUAUCGUGAAAAAUUAGG